GACUACGGCUUAAGAUAGCUGCAGAGCCAAACAAACAAGUGAGAAUAAAGAAAGUCACAGAGGAGAUUCACUUUCGUGGAACUAACUGGAUCUUCAUCUUCAUAGAAGCUCUGUGCUAUUCUGGAGCAGUAAAAGUAUUCAGACUAUUGUUUUGGACUUUUUUAGUUUUUUGUUACACUUGGAAGAUAUUUUGUACCCAACAGUGCUCUUAGACAGUACAGUCAUGGUGUCCUGGGCUCUCUUCAUCCUGGGCCCUUUGUCGAUCCACAUUCUGACGCAAGCCUGCAGGGGAGAGGAGCUGUCCCGGGAAGUGGUGUUGUCCUGGUUCAGAGAGCGGGUUCUGGAGGAACUGGAGCUGGAGGAGCCUCCUAUGACCACACUGCAAGGUCCUGAUAGCGACACGGCACAGCCGCAUGCAAGGCACGCUCCCCGGAGGGCCUCCCGAACAAGCAAGACAGCGUGGGUCAACCAUGGAACCAGUCUGAACCAGGAAAUGUCUCAAAUUAUUCUCUUCCCCAGUUCUGACUCAUCCUGUGCUAGAUCUGACUCAGCUCCAGGAGGAGCCACCGACAACCACUUCACAUAUUACUUCCAGCCCUCCAUGAACCACGACGAGACUCUGGUCACAUCUGCCCACUUCUGGUUCUAUGCAGGCAAAGGAGCCACAUCCAACUCCUCUGCCCAGCUGUUCAUUCUCACUUCAGAGCAGAAGCUACUUCAGGCGGCAGAGGAUCCAUCAAAAAAGAGCUCAGACGGAUGGACCACCUACCACCUGGUUCAAAAUCUACUGGCCUCUGUAGCUGAGGGCCCUUUCCUACUCCAGGUCCACUGUUCAGCCUGCCAGUGCCACGCCAACGAACCAGACAAGAUGCCCUUUAUUCACCUCCACGCUCAGCCUCGAGGUCCUGUCCGUUCACCUCGCCAUGCCCCAGGAAUCAUUCCCUGGUCUCCGUCUGCUAUAGACCUGCUCCAGCGGCCUUCUCUGGACAGGACCCAGCACAGUGACUGUCAGCGAGCACAGAUCGAAAUCAGCUUUGAGGAGCUGGGCUGGGACAAAUGGAUCGUCCAUCCAAAGGUGCUGACUUUCUACUACUGUCAUGGGAACUGCUCGGCCCGGGAUCGUGCCACUGCCAUGCUUGGGUUCAAGCAGUGCUGUGCUCCGGUCCCGGGGACCAUGAAGUCCCUGAGGAUCACCACCACAUCUGAUGGCGGGUACUCAUUCAAGUAUGAGACCCUGCCUAACAUUAUACCUGAAGAGUGUACUUGUAUCUGAACAUUAAAGCUGAAAGAGCCAGUUCACCAAAAUUA